UUAAAUGAAAAGCUUUGAACAUGAAAAGCCGCAUUUGUGGUGUAGAUUUCUGUGUCUGUGCACGAGUUGUGUCCGCACUCGCGCCUGUUGGUGAAAAAGCGCACAACUUCGCUCUGUCCGGGAUAUUUAUUAGAAGGGAGCGGAUAUCUAACUGGCGCUGCGCGGGGACAUAACAGGGGGGCAGGGGAACGAGUGGAACUCAGUGUUUCGGUGUGGUUGGAAGGCUCUGGUCUGAGUAAUGACGGGUCUCGGGAUCUGGAGUACGUUCGGUCGGUUUGCGCGGCUUCCUUUUCUCGCACCAUGCACGGUGCUGCUCUGCUUUCUGAUUCCAGAAUCUCUCUCCCACCCGCAGCCCUGUCAGAUUCUCAAACGGAUUGGACACACGGUGCGCGUCGGGGCUCUGCACCUACAGCCACGGCUCUUCAGUCACGAUCCCACCUUCAGGGGCAAGAAAGAACCCCUUGUCCCCGCGGAUGAAUGGGACACGGACGGAGAUUCGAGGGAGGCAGCGGAGAGACAGUUGGAAAAGAUUACCAAAAGUGUUAAUGACCACGGUUUACGCAGCCUAAGGACUAAAGGCACGGGGAACAACCAACAAAGGGACAGGGGGUCAAAAAGUAAAAAUAUGUACAAACAGGUGGAGAGCGGGAGUCGUGUGUUUAUGCCAAGAGAUUCUAUCAUAUUAGCCAUGGAGACGUUAAACCGCAUGGUCGGUUUGUUACCAUAUAAUCUCUCACUGGAGUUGGUGAUGGCUGUGGAAGCGGGGCUCGGGGAAUUACCCGCUUUCUCCUUCUCAUCUUCCCCUACCCCUGUGUGUGAAGACCCCAUGUCGUUUCUGCAAAGUGUUUGUCAUACUGUUAUAGUCCAAGGAGUUUCUGCUAUGAUGGCUUUCCCUCAGACCAGGGACGAGCUGGUGAAGUUGGAAUUCAUCGCGUCAGCGCUUCAAAUUCCUGUCAUCAGUGUUGUCCAGAACGAAUUCAAACGGCAGAGUAAGGCUGAGACCCAGGCUGAGACCCCGGCUGAGACCCAGGCAGAGACCCAGGCUGAGACCCAGGCUGACACCCAGGCUGAGACCCAGGCUGAGACCCAGGCUGAGACUCAGGCUGAGACCCAGGCUGAGACCCAGGCCACCUGCUACGUUAUAGCAACACAAGAAAACACUUCCUGCUCAUUAGCCAUUAAUAACUAUUACUGUGUAUCAAUACACAUCGAAUAA